CUUUCUUUUCUCUUUAAAACUAUCACGACACUACUACAGUCCAAAAUAGAUCGCUCAUAAGAAAGAAAAAAAAUGUCUUCCCUCGGUGAUCAGCUUGCUAAAUUCAAGAAAGGAGCUAAAGCUAGUACUGAGAUUCAUGUUAAACGUGCAGGGCAAGCUUCUGCUCCAAAAGAAAAUGCAGCUAGCUCAACAUCGGCUGGGAUUGCAAUGAAUACCAAAGCAGCUUUUGAAUCUGUUACAGGAUCUAAAAAAAGAAAGAGGCCAACCGGUACAUACUUUCUCGCCAAACAGUCUGCUCAGUAAGGAUUCAGGAGCAGGAUCUAACAAAAAGCUUUUCAUGAUCAACAUAGUUUAUUCACAGCCUGCCAAUACUGGCACUGGUACCCAUGCGAUGAGCCAACUUUAUACGGUCAUACAGUUCUUAAAAGAUAGUGAUACGCCACAGUCAGUCGUUAGUAUUACAUCGCGCACGAAAGUAGACAUCAGUAAAAUACCUGAUAUAUGGCAUAAGUUAACGCACACUGAAAAGAUCGAAUAUGAUCCAAUCAAUCAAACCUUUGAGUAUAAACCUACAUAUCAAAUUAAGAGCAAAGAAGACCUAUUGGAAUUAUUGCUUCAGAAGAGAAAUGAAGGAGGCAUGGAUUAUAAAGAUUUAAAGGAUUCAUAUUCGAAACUAAGUAGUGCAGUCGAAGAAUUAGCGACUGAAGGACAGAUUUUGGUGGUUCGAAACAAAGAUGGUAACCCACGUGUCUUGUUUUGCAAUGAUCGUCAAUAUAAUACGCACAUGGAUCCGGAAUUCAAAAAGAUGUGGACGGAAAUCAAGAUUCCUGAUGAAACCGAUCUACCAAAAGCACUUGAGCAAGCAGGAUUGAAGACGAUGGAAGUGUUUGAACAGAAAGUUACCUCAGACUCGAAACCGAAGAAAACGAAAACAAGAAAUAAGAGAAUCAAGAUUACAAACACCCAUUUGUCGCAUAUUGACUUGUCAAGAGAUUAUCUCCCACAAAAUAAGAAAUAAAAAUAACUUGUUUCUGUUCCUCGAGAUAAUUUAGAUCUCUUCCACCCGACUUAAAAACUCAAUGGUUUACGUUAAUUUCUGAAUGCACGCACAAUACCGCAGACGCUCUUCAAAAUCGAUACUCAUUCCGCGUGCAUUAGGCAAUAAUGAAAAUGUCUGCAAUAGCAUCAAUAGUUAUAGCAACGGUGGAAGUACUUUCACAGUUUCCAGUAGCAACUAUUUGCCACAUCAGCAGUACUACCAUCAUCCUCAUGUACGCAACAC